AUGGCAUCUUCCUCGACGAAAACACCAUCUAUACCUGCCAAAAGAGCUAGGACCGUGUCUACAUCGCCGGCCCCAUCUGCUAAACCACCGAAUCCGGCGCCUGCGACCAGUCAGCGGUUCAAAGAUUCCAUUGUACUCGCACCAAUGGUCAGAUCUGGAACAUUGCCUACCAGAUUACUAGCCCUCAAAUAUGGUGCUUCCUUGGUGUGGGGACCAGAAAUCGUUGACCGGGCCAUGCUUCACGCGAAACGGGUUGUAGAUGAGCGGACAGGGGUUGUGUCCUUUGAAGGAAUUAGUUCCUCCAUUUGGUCGACCCAUCCUGCCGAGCGACCCUAUCUUAUCUACCAGAUAGGAUCCGCGAACCCUUCCCUGGCAGUUGCUUCGGCGCUCAUGGUCUCUCGGGACGUCUCCGGUGUCGAGCUCAAUUGCGGGUGUCCCAAACCGUUUUCUACGUCUGGCGGGAUGGGAGCUGCCAUGCUGGAUACUCCGGAUCUGCUCUGUGAGAUUCUAAUGUCUCUGCGAAAAUCACUUCCGGCCCAUAUUUCCGUCUCCUGCAAGAUUCGUGUUCUGCCGGACCCUAAAAAGACGUUGGAUCUCGUGGAGAAAAUCGUAAAGACGGGCAUAAACUGCUUGACGGUACAUUGUCGUACGCGAAAUAUGCGCAAAGGGGAGCCUGCAAUACCUACACGUCUAAAGCCAAUUGUGGAGCACAUUCGCGCAAUGCGAGACGAACAAGGCAGGCCAUACGAUGUUGCCAUUCUGGCCAAUGGUGACGUAGAAGGAUGGCGUGACAUUCAGCGCGUUCGUCAGAUCACUGGAGCGGACGGAGUCAUGGUCGCGACAAAAGCAGAGGAAAACCCCAGUUGUUUCUCCGAAGAAAUGACUGAUGUGGAGGAUUUGGUCUUGAGGUACUUGAAACUGGCCAAGUAUACCUCCAAUGCCUGGGGGAACACGAAACACUGCAUCUCUUCGUUUAAAUCAGCGCCUGGAGUUCUGAAUCAGAAGAGUACCCUGAAGCCUUUACGAAACUUGAUUGCACAGGCAAAAGACUACUCUGCAAUGGAAGAUUUUGUCCGAGAACGACACGACACGACGGAAGAUUUCGACAAGGAGACGUGGGGAGGAGAAUCUGAACUUCAGUCUAUUAUCGCGUCCAUCAAGUCGCGGCCACCUCCAGCGUGGUGGGUCGGUGUUGAAGCAUGGGAGGCUGCAAACCCUCUGGACACGCGCGACAUGGACAUUGAUCUUGGAGAGGAAGGCAUCAGGAAACUCUUAGAGAGAGAGAGGGAAGAGAGGCCGCGGAAGAAGAGCAAGAUUGACAAGGAGGAUGCGGUUUCGGCCCUUUCACAACCAGUCACCAUACCCACUGCAACUCCACAGCUCACUUCUACACCUGAGCCUGGGACCUUAGCAACUCCUGGCCCGGUUUUUCCUUCGUACGUGCCGCCUCUGGUUGCAGGAACGUCUUCAAUCAUCGACGAAGUCACUCAUCAACCACUCCUGUCGACGCUUUCCUCCGUAGUGGAAACCUGCGUAAAGCUUCGUGCAAAUGGUCAUAAGGUUGUACUGGUUAGCUCUGGGGCAAUCGGAGUUGGGUUGAGGAGAAUGAAGGUCGCGAACAAACCGAAGGCCUUGUCUGGAAGACAGGCACUAGCAGCAAUAGGUCAGGGUCGACUGAUCGCCCUUUGGGAUAGCCUAUUCGGCCAUCUGAAUCAACCUAUCGCCCAGAUAUUACUCACAAGAGGAGAUAUAUCAGAUCGCUCGAGGUACCUCAACGCCGUCAACACAUUCGCUGAGUUGUUCAAUAUGGGUGUCAUUCCUAUUGUCAACGAAAAUGAUACCGUCUCCGUCAGCGAAAUUCGCUUUGGCGACAACGACACUUUAUCAGCCAUCACAGCUUCCAUGGUACAUGCCGAUUAUCUUUUUCUAUUGACGGAUGUCGAGGCGCUGUACACAUCGAACCCUAGAAAGGAUCCAGACGCUCGUGCGAUUGACAUAGUGGACUCCGUAACCGAAAUCCGAAAGACAGUCAGUACUGCGACAUUGGGCUCCAAACUGGGCACAGGCGGAAUGGAGACUAAGCUUAUUGCGGCAGAGAUCGCCACUGCAGCGGGCGUCGCGACUGUAGUCACUUCUUCCAAACAUCCUGAAAAUGUCUUCAAGAUUAUAGAGUACGAUGCGGCCACCAACAAGUCUACGAGACCGCGGUCAUCCAACUCGUCUUCCUCAGGGGUCGCUACGCCAUCUUCUGCACUUGCAUCCUUGGCUAUGUCCUCAGAUGACACAGUGACGGAGCCCGUCUCUUUGGACAUCCCUCGACCACCACACACGCUCUUCCGACCAUCCUCAACCCCUCUCCGUGAUGCAAAAUCGUGGACGGCUUAUACCUUGUCACCAGCCGGAAGUGUAUUAAUUGACGCCGGUGCACACCGCGUCCUCUCUCGACGCGACUCUGGGGGUCGGUUAUUGGCGGUUGGAGUUGUAGAUGUCAUCGGGACGUUCGCUAGUGGACAAGCAGUGCGAGUGGUCGUAAGGAAAAGGAUAGACGAGAAUAAGCCCAAAAAGGAGCGACCCAGGAGUCGUCAAGAAUCGACUGACGGCCAUGGUUUUGGACACCAAGACUCGAAUACUGGCACACCUCGAACACCGGGAACACCCAGCCUGGCUCCUAUGUCACUCUCAGUACUUUCUGUAUCUUCUCUUGAACCAUUCUCUCGCUCGAACUCCGAAUCGAGCCUAACCGCUACGGGGGGCGUCGAUGCCACCCCAAUGGUCGGGACUGUUUCGCUACCAGCUUCAGAGAUCCCCGAACGAUUACACGCACGUAAAGAAGAUGGAGCAAAUCCUGCAGAUCACAAGAGCAAAGAAACGACAAAGGUCCAGUUCGCGGCUAUGGUUGCACCAGAGGAAGGAUGGAUCGACGUCGAGGUUGGGCGAGGACUUGCCAACUACAACUCGGUAGAGAUGUUAAAAAUCAAAGGUGUGAAGAGCUCGAACAUUGCUCAAGUACUCGGAUAUGCCGACUCAGAGUACGUCGUGGAGAACAUCUCAAUCCAUAUUGCUCCCUAG